AUGACACGUUUUGGCACUGCUUCAAGUUCAACAAAUGAUGCAUGUCCAUCUAUUGAAACAAUGUCAUUUGGUUCAACAACUGAAACUAUUUGUAAUGAAACACAUUUAACAUUUCUCUAUAGUGAAAAUUCGGAUAUUAAAAUUCAAUGGGACAGUAAUGAACAUCUAUGCCAAAGAUCACCAGCAUUAAAUCACAAUAAAUAUAUUUUAAAAGCCAAUGUUGGCCAGUGUAAUGUGAAAAAAAUUAGUAAUACUUAUUUAUCGGCAACUCUAGUGAGCCGACUAAAAGAUAAUCUGGUCUAUGGAGAACGAGCUUGUGUUUAUUGUAAAAUAAAUCGAACUUUAAUCUCCCCAACUGUAACUGUUAUUCAAGCACCAUCACAUUCAACUAACCCGUUAUAUACAUUUACAUUGACCACUGAUCAAUUAGCUGUCAAUGAAUCGUUUGAAGUGCUAUGGGCAAAACGUAUGGGUGCUGCUGUUCGAUAUUCAUAUGAUUAUUUAAUUACUAAAACAUGUACUAAUCCUCGUGUUGAUAUAAUCGAAAAUAAUAAUAAACGAAGCAAAACAUUUGUAUUUACACUGCAUGAUGUUCAGUUACAAGUUAUUGAAUUUAUUAUACGAAAAUGUGGUGAUUCUUGUCGACAAUAUAAAGAAUGUACAGAAGAACAGAUUUACAGUAACUUUGAGCAAUCAAAAUUUUUUGAUAGACCAGAAGAUAUUGAAAAAGUGGAUUAUUUCACAUCAAAAACAAUCAAUAUUUCAUUCGCAACUUUAAAUUCUACCUCAGCUGUACAUACAAAAUGCUCUUUUUUUACGUCGAUAACUGAUAAUAUGAAAAUAUGGAUCAUGAUCAUUAGUUUAAGUUCAUUUUUUCUUGGAGCUUUAUUUGCUGGUAUUAUAAUUUGUGUAGUACAAAAAUUUAGAAUACCCCGACGUAAAAGAGAUAACAAUCAUUUUUAUAUUCCAGCAAAUUCCGUUGCUCAAGAUGUGUCCUAA